UUUGUAAUUCGCCGACGUUGUUAUCACCCACUGUUGUUUUUCAUCAUUUUCUAGUGUCGCGACUAGCGCGUGUCUUCCUGUCUGGCGCGUCUGCCGUCUUCGUAUUAUAAUUUGUGGUAUUUGUCUGGUGUUUUGUUGUCUGUUUACUGUUUAGUGUCUGCUGUCCGCUUUCCGGACGAGAACGCCACUGAUUGCUGUCGUCGUCUAAAUGGCCGAUCGUCUCACCCAACUCCAAGAUAUUGUUAACCAACAAGCAGAUAACUUCUGCAACAGCAUUGGAAUUUUACAACAGUGUGCUUUACCAUCCAAGUUUUCUAACUUUGACCGAAACGGAUCUCAAACACCACAACAACAAGAAGAUUAUACCAGUUUAUUUUCUUCACUUAUAACUCGCUGUGCUAAAGAUAUUGAUGCAUUAAUCGAAUCACUGCCCAACGACGAUACUUCUACAGAUUUACAAGUUGCAAGUUUGAGGAGAUUAGAACAGGAUAAUCAGUUAGCUGCUGAACGUUUGGAAGAAGUAGUUAGGAAAGGUGAACUUCUUCUUGAACAAAUACAAGCUGCUCUCUCUGAUAUUGCUCAACAACAAUUAGAUAUUCAGCAGAGUAGUGACAACAAUACGUGUUAAUAAAAAAAAUAUUGUAAAAUGAAAGUUAAAAAUAAAAAAAAUGUUGCUAAAGCAAUUUCUGCUAUCAGUAAGACACAUAAAAUUAAAAGAAACAAAAUAAAACGUUUAACAGACAAAAAAGGUAAAAAGAAGAAGAUAUCAAAAAAAGCAUUGAUUGAAGUUGGUCUAAAAAAUGAUAAAAAAAAACCUAAAGCUAAAGUGGAAUCAACUCAAUCUA